ACAGAAUCUUCUCGGAAGCGGAAUCGAGCUGUCAGUGUGGCGGCCGCAACUGUAAAGUAGUCUGUGCGCUUUGUAUUGUCUCCACUUCUAAUGCAACGGCGUUACACAGCAGACACGUAUGACCUAACACGAACCCAACAAACAAAUGUACUGUAACUAAGGUUGGGGCAUUUGGAGGCGGUCAGCGGCAGAUUCUUUCCCUCGACUGUGGACUGACGACAUCACUGUGACUUUACCCAUCAUAUUUUCCCAGUUUUGGAAAGAAUUCUUUAUCGUAGCCACCACAGAAACAAAGCAACCAUGAGCGCGCAUGAUUCAGACGUGCACACCAUCUCUCCGGAGCUGCCGGCGAUGUUUGAUGGCAUGAAGUUGGCGGCGGUGGCGACGGUCCUCUACGUCAUCGUACGCUGCCUAAACCUCAAGAGCACCACCGCUCCCCCAGACCUCACCUAUCAAGACACACCCCUCAACCACUUCCUGCUCAAGUCCUGUUCUCAGCUGACCAAAGAGUACAUUCCGCCAUUACUGUGGGGCAAGAGCGGUCACCUCCAGACCGCCCUAUACGGGAAACUCGGUCGGGUGAGCGCACCUCACCCAAGUGGGAUCAGGAAGUACUUGCCCAUGCCAGAUGGAGCCACUGCGACCUUUGACCUCUUCGAACCAGUGGGGGACCAUCGAACAGGAGAUGACAUCACCAUGGUGAUAUGCCCUGGUAUCGGUAACCACAGCGAGAAGCAUUACAUCCGAACCUUUGUGGAUUACGCCCAGAAGGACGGCUACCGCUGUGCUGUGUUGAACCACCUCGGAGCGCUACCCAACAUCGAGCUCACGUCACCGCGCAUGUUUACUUACGGGUGCACGUGGGAGUUUGCUGCCAUGGUUGGGUACAUCAAGCGGGCGUAUGCUCAGACCCAGUUGAUAGUGGUGGGCUUCAGUCUGGGUGGAAACAUAGUCUGCAAGUUUCUGGGGGAAAACAUGUCCAACCAGGAGCGAGUGCUGUGCUGUGUCAGCGUCUGUCAAGGUUACAGUGCUCUCAGGGCCCAGGAAACAUUCCUGCAGUGGGAUCAGUUCAGGCGCUUCUAUAAUUUUCUCAUGGCUGACAACAUGAAGAAAAUAAUCCUCUCACACAGGCACAGCCUAUUUGUGGGGAACUCUGUUAAAAUGGUAGCCGGCGACCUUGGUCGGUUAUACACAGCAACGUCUCUCAUGCAGAUCGAUGACAACAUCAUGAGGAAAUUCCAUGGCCACAGCUCUCUCAAAGAGUAUUAUGAGAAGGAAAGCUGUGUACAUUACAUUCACAAUGUAAAUGUACCACUGCUGCUUGUGAACGCUGCAGAUGAUCCUCUGGUUCACGAUUCUCUGCUCAAAAUCCCCCGCACAUUAGCAGAGAAGAAGCCCAACGUCAUCUUCGCCUUGACGCUGCACGGCGGCCACCUGGGCUUCUUCAAGGGCGCCGUGCUCUUCCCCAAACCCCUCACCUGGAUGGACAAAGUGAUUGUGAGCUACGCCAACGCCAUCUGCCAGUGGCAGAAGCAGAAACCGCCGUGCCAAAGCGACCACCUGAGCGAGAGUACCUGCACCAAGGAAAAAGCCUAAAGCCUUUGGCUCCGUCUUUUUUCUCACUCCCUGAUGGUAAACAACACAAGACUCCACUGUCCCCGUCACUCAGGAGACAUGUGGAAGUGCUCCCUCUCUCCUUCUGCCUUCCUCUUUGGUGCUGCGCCCGCCACGUGUCCCCAUGCCUUCAGCGCAGUCACAGGAACAACCAUCUGCUUCUGUGAAGUUCAGAGCAGGAACACAUGACUUUUUUGACGUGUGCUCACCGGUGACCUUUGUCAAUGAAGGCAGUGACCAAAUAUGAGAAGAUGCGGCCCGUAAAAAUGAGGCCACCAGAGUAGUAUAGUGCUGUGCUUGGUGCCUGUUACCGAUCACUGCUUAUCGCCACCAUUAUAGCCUCCAUGCAGCGUCCUUUUACUAUCCAUUCCAUCCUUAACCAUUGUGACCGCGUCGGGUUGGAAAGGUAAAAACUGGGGUCAGUGUGUCACAUCAUGCUUUGGAGGCCCAAUCUAAGUAAUUGAAAAUUAGCUCUUAAAAAACAAUGUCACGUCUUGAGGGGACUUCUUUUUGCGCCAACUAAAAUCAACCAAAGGAUUCCCCGGCACUUACUGUAUGCAUGACACCUCACUCCAAAUGGGAUCAAUGCACAUGGCCACAGUCACAAUCUCUGCUUCUUUGCACUUUAUAGCUUCACCCAUCCCAUGUAUUAUUAUUAUUUUUUUUAAAUACUCUCCGCUAGUGAGACGACAACGUCGCUAAUGUGUGAGGUAAUUCGGCGUGUUGUCUCUCGUUGGCGACCUAUUUCUGUUCCGUUCGCCUUUGACCAGCUGCAGCAUCAGUCGAGAGGUGAGACGCUCACCUCACUGCCAGUGCUCACAAGCCAAAGCCAAGCCCUCAUUCUUCGAAGGGACGGUUUUGCAAUGGCAAGCACACUUACUAGCUCGGUUAAAACGAUCUCAGCUGUGAGGUACGACGAGUUGAAGGGCCGAGUUACGAAACGAUCAACCAAAUGUUUGUUUUUGUGAACUGUUUGAACAGUACUGGUGAUUGUAAUGGGUUGUUCAUAUAUUUUGUUCAAAUAUUUGGUCUUCAGUGCUGGAGUGCGUCUACUUGAACAAAAACGAAAUGCAGUCAAUUGCUCGAAUGCAACUUCAGACUUCAAUUCUUUGAGCUCUAACUGCAGAGAUGAAAAUGUUGACUCGAAUGCAAAGUAACACGGUCAAACUUUUCCUCUAAAAACAGUGACAGAUGAGUUUACCUCAAAAUGAUGAUGCACUGCAAACAAAGCCGUAACAACAGUGUACCUUGAAAGAGCCAGCACCUAUCUCAAAUGAAACUUGAUUUCGAUCUAGCCUAAGUCAUUUUGUUUUUGUUACGAUGUUUGGGUGGGGGUGGGUACGCAAUAGAACACACAAUUUACACAAUGGCUAUUCACUAAAAUGAGGGAUAUGAUGUCUGCCAAGUACUUGCCUGUUUAUUAGUACAGGGCUGUUGCUGGUGUCCAGCAUCUUCAACAACAAGCUUGAGUAUUUUUUUUAUUUAUUUAUUUUACCCUAAAUUCAAUUUCUCAGUCAGGCAAAAAUGUUGCGUCCCUCCCACAUUCCUCUUUCUCUUCUUUGCAGUUCUUUUUCACUCACGUGACCAUUGUACAAUAUGGUACAAAGUGGCGCUGUCUUAUUUGGUAGUAAGGUGAAAAACAAUAUUAAAAAUAACUGUGUUUUUUGCCAUAAUAGAAUAUAAUAAGAAUAGGUCAUACAAAAAUCCCUGCUACCACCUACUGUCGGAUACCAAUCAUCAUCUCACCCAGCGUGACGCCAUUGCUUGAUUUGUUUCCAGUUCAGGCUUCAUGAAUGAGAAUUUGUUUUUGUUUUGCCUCCUCCAACUUAACAAAUAUUCAUUUUUUGUGUGAAUACUUCUCCAAAUAUCUGUUGGUCUUUGUAUGUUGGUGAUGGAGAAAUACAUACUUUGCCAUUUUGUCACAUCUGUCAAGCAACCAUAAUGAUCGACAUUAACAAAUGAAAGAGUAAAUAUUUGAAAGUGCAUUUAUUUUGAAAUAUUUAAGAGCCCAGGAUUGGUGCUAAAAUAAAGGGCCCGAAGGCAAUAAGCAAUCAGAAGAGAUUCAUGAAAAUCUGUGUAAAUAUGACACCAUGAUGGGGAACCUUUAAUGUUGUGUAUUAUCGUUGUAAAAGAAAAUGUAGUCAUAUGUGCCCAGGCCAUCGAAAAUCAGCGUUUCCUUUAUAGCAUUUUGGCCUCAUGUUUUUUUUAAGGGCAAAUGAAGAAUUCAAAACUGGAAUCCAAAAACACUCCGCUUGGAUGGAGUCACCAUUUUUUUAGUAUGUGUUUGAGAGCUCUCCGUCACAAUAAGCCACAGUAAAUAUGCAGCUUUAAUGUUCUUUUUGUUGUUGUUGUUGUUGUUGUUCAUGCUGAAAUACCAUAAAGGGACGUGAAAAUGAUAAGAAAGCUGUACACAUUCUUUUCUCAUUUUGGACACUGGAUCAUUUUUUAUUUCCUUGUUUUCUUUUUCAAGAAUCAUUAUAUAAGGAAUUGUGGUUCAAAUAAAUUUUAUCCAACAAAAACA